GGCGAGCCGUGCUACACGACGGACGUCGGGCGUAGCGUCGAGCUCUACUACUUCUCUCACGGCCUAAGCCGACUCCGAAACGGUCCUCGCUUCGCACUGCUUGUAAUGAUCCCCGAGUGAAACGGAGAACGAUAUCUCUCGCGCGCGCGGUAAGAUCGUCGUUUCCACGAUCUCGUCGCCUCGAAAGAGAGAGAGAGAGAGAGAAAACGAAGAAAAUUGAUCGCGAAAAGUUUAAGUAUCAGGGAGAAUUGGGAAGCCGGUAUAAUAUCUGGGACCUUGACACAUGCCCUUUCAUCGACUCGAGUGUCCAGGAUAUUCCUAUUUCCUGCCAUGCGAAGAUCGCCGAUAUCUUCUCCCAAAUCUAACGAAUUCCAUGAAGGAAAUUCAAAACGUACGAAAUGAGCCAGCACGAAACCAUGCUCCGUGAAAGCAGCGAAAGGCAAUUCUGAUAAAAAUGCGGUAUCACGCCGUCUGAGCGAAAACACAAACAGUAAGGCUUCGGUCAAAGCCGCAGCGUGUGUGGGUGGUGCAUGUGAACGAAAUCAAGAGAGUUGUGUGUGUGAUCGUGUAUUGCUUGCUGGGCCUCUGAUGUGGCCGCGCUGAAACCAGAAAGGGCGAAGAGAUGGCGGGAAACGGCAGCCAUGUCACACCGGAAGCCACCGUGAUUCAGUCCAACGACGAGGAGCAACGAAAGGAGCUGUAUCCCAACACGGUGGAACGUAGGAACAUUGCGGUGGAGAGCUGCGACGCGAAAAACGAGAGGACGACGAGCGAGAAGGUAGAAGAGGAUGAUCAUCGGGUGGAGGCGAAAUCGGAUCAAGCGCAAGAAUUACAAAUACAGAUGCAACCGCAAAUGCAGCAGACUGACACGCGAGCUGACAGAAAAAUCGAUACGAGUCCGGACCACAUAUCGGAUGCCGCAAUCAGCAGCCAAAGGGUGUACAAGAAAUCCUCGCCGAAUAAUAAGUUGACACUUUAUCUAGCCAGCAGAGAUAUUAUCGUCAGUGAAGCCAAAAACGACAACAAACUUCUAGGUGUCCUUUUGGUUGAUCCCGACUAUGUGCGCGAUAAGAAGGUAUUCGGUCAGGUGACGUUGACUUUCCGUUAUGGAAGAGAAGAUGAGGAAGUAAUGGGCCUAAAAUUUUGUAACGAGGCGAUGAUGUGUCUGGCCCAGCUAUAUCCAUCCUACGUGGGAGCUCAUCAUCUGGAGAGCAAAAGCCCACUGCAGGAAGCACUAAUCAAAAGACUAGGAUCCAACGCACACGCAUUCACUAUAGAAAUUCCCUCGAUCGCCCCGCCAUCCGUGCAACUGGUACCAGCUAAGGAAUACAAUGGCCCGCCUAUAGGUAACAGCUACGACGUCAGAGUUUACGUUGCGGAACGGGCGGACGAACGAUUGCACCGUAAAACCACCGUCAGGAUGGGCAUUCGAGUGAUCCAGCGAGCCACGAAGCCGCCCUUACCCUCGACGACUAUGUACAGUGUGCCUCCCUCUCAAGAGCCAUCGACUGACUCGAGAAUUCAAGGAUCCAACGCAAGAGUGGCGUUAGCGGAAAAUGAGAUCAUCGAGGAUGAUGAAAACGUGGGACCACAUGCGGCAGUAGAAAAGCCGUUUUUAUUAAGUGACGGUCGCGUCAGAUUGGAAGCAAGAUUAGACCAUGCGAUCUACGAACAUGGAGACUCGAUCAAUGUCCAUGUCAAUGUUAGCAACAAUAGCAACAAAUCAGUAAGGAGAAUAAAGGUAUUCGUCGUGCAACACGUGGACGUUUGUAUGUUCAGCAACGGCAAAUUCAAAAACGUUGUGGCCCUUAUGUCGUCGCAAGAGGACUGUCCUCUGGGUCCAGGUGGUAAUUUGAGAAAGACUUACACUCUCAGGCUUGUUAAGGGCACGACUAAAAAUUGGAUCGCCUUAGAGGACAGCUACACGAAAACCGGAGCGAGCCUGGCGUCAACGGUUACUAACCCUCGGAACGGGCCUGAUGAUAGAAACGUUUAUACAAUUUACGUAUCUUAUUACGUGAAGGUUAAAUUGUUCAUCUCGGCGAUGGGCGGUGAAGUAUCUUUGAAGCUGCCAUUCACGCUGAUGCACAGUAACACGGAUAUGGAUCUCGUGGGAUUCCCGUCCCCUACCCGAGAGGCGUCGAAGGAAUUUGGAAACAGCACGAACGAGAUCACGGAGAAAUCCGACAGUGGUAGCAGUCAUCGGAAUAAGGAGAACAAGCUGGAGGCUAUUAAGGAGCAGAAGGAGUCGAGGGUGACCGACGUGGACCUGAUAGAGCACUGCGAGGAGAGUGACAGCACCUGAGAGCGGGCGCAACGAGGCGACGCGGUGUCGCGGCCGUCUGUCAGGAAAAGUAGCGAUGCGAAGGCCAUCAAGAAUUCCAAUCACAAGACCUGCAGACUCAGCGUCAGCAUUCAACGUGCUUGGUGCUGUUUCAGAAGGGCGUCUUAGUAAACGAACGGAAAUCUGGUGGCAGUCAGUGACAAUUGACUUGAUAUAACAUUUUACUUUGCAUCGUUGUGAUCCUUACUGUUUUCUCACAGAAAAAUCUCGUGACGCGACUACAUCAAAUAAGAGAAAAGAGGAUAAGAUAAUGUAUAGUGAACCCUGUCGUCAAUUGUCAUUAGAAUCGUUGUACACGUAGAUGUGGAUAUCUGGUUUUUUGUUUUUUUUUUUAAGAAAAUGAAAUGUAAAUUCGGAAAUGGUCAAAUUAUAUGCAAUCUUGGGAAAACAAUGAACAAAUAUUGCGCUUUUCAUUUUGUAGAGGAAAUUUUAUAGAAGUGAGAUUAAUUAAGAUAUUGUGGGAUUUUCGUGGGAGAUCGAAAAAUUGUGCGCCAAGCAUUCGCAUAUUAUCGCACAUUGCACAGAUCCUAACAGGAUUUUGAUUUUAUCGAGGAAAAGAGGUACAUUCUGAUGAAUGUCUUUGUUGUAAUCAAGUGUGUAAAGUUGCUAACUCAAUGUAUCAUACAUAAAUCAUUUCUUGGCAUGAAAGGAGAAAUUAAAUUUCACUGAAAAAUUAUGAUUUGUUUACAAAUUUUUUCAUCUAGUACUUUUACCAUGUGAAAAGAAGAAAGUCUCUCAAGAAAUAUAUAUUCCUGUAUAUUUACACGGUUGGAUAAUAUUAAGACAUACAUAUAUAAUAUAUAAUAUAUUCUUAUAUAAGCUACGAGAAUGUCAUCGCUAACUAUACAUAUAUCUGAAGCUUCGUGAAUGGAAGUCGCUUGAAACUGUUUGCGUUUAUAUCUUCCUACUCAUUUAAUACCUAUAUGAAAAGUCUCCUACUGCCAUCCUUAAUCACUUGCAAACAGACUCUGCGUUCAUUUCGAAAACAUAUGAAAGGAUAGACAUUUUUUCAUUUUUGUAUGUACAUAAACUGAGAACUUAUCUCUACAACCAUCUAUAUGAAAAA